AUGGACAGCACUCCCAUCAGAUGGGCGUUGAAAACCAGCUAUCAGAUUGAAUGCUGUCGUUCUUCCCGAUCCAGUGACCCCAACAAGUCCGAAUUUUCCACCGAUGUCAAUACCGAAGGUUAUAUUCUUCAGACAGCAUUCCUUUCCAUAAUAUUUGACAAGAUGCUUCACUGA